AUGAUAUCUCUACUGCUACUUGUAGCCCUUUCUGGUAAUACCUUCGCUGCUGUUACUGAUAAAAAUUGUACCGGAGCUGAUGGAAAGUAUGAUGCAACGGCUGUUAUGUGCGAAGACAAACUCCCUGCGGCAGAUUGUGAAAACAUUUUUGGAAAAGCAAAGGCGGAAGUUGGUAAGGAUACGGAUCGAGAGGAGAAGUGCUUUAAGAAUGCUGCUAAAAACGAGGACGAACAAAUAAAAAAAUUCGCUAUUAGUGUAUGUCCUAAGACAUGUGGCUAUUGCUGCCGAACUCCAGAGUACGACUGCCCAAAUAGUCCUAACCCUCGUCUCGAAUGCUCGCGCGUAACAGGUGAGAUGUGCAAGGAUCCACUUUGGAAACCUCUGCUUGCAAAAGACUGCCCUAAAACGUGCGGUCUUUGUUUAGAAGGUAAAUAG